AUGUUGGCAUCAAAAAUUUUCACGAGACAAUUCAUCAUGGUGAAGUAUAUAAUUCCACAUUAUUGUGAGUUUAUUUGAAAAUAAUUAGGAAUUCGUCCAAUUAAUAUCUUCGGUAACCAUGCCACGACGUGGAGUACAACCUCAGGGGUUGUUCAGUAAACGGCUGUACAUCGAUGGUAAAGACCAUUUAUUAGGAAAAUUGGCUUCCUACGUUGCUAAAGCUUUACUACAGGGUAAUCGUGUUGUAGUAUUCAAUUGCGACAAAAUCAACAUCGCUGGCAGUUUCUAUAGAAAUAAAAUUAAGUACUUGUCGUUCUUACGUAAACGUUGUAAUGUCAAUCCAGCCAGAGGACCUUAUCACUAUCGUGCUCCUCGAUGCAUUUUCCGUAAAUGUGUUAGAGGUAUGAUUCCUCAUAAAACCACCCGAGGUGACCGUGCUCUCAAACGUCUUAGAACUUUUGAAGACAUUCCCGCUCGUUACACGAAACAAAAAACUUUCGUCGUACCUCUCGCUAUGCGUGUCCUAUCUUUGCAACUGGGCAGAAAAUACUGCACUAUUGAUCGUCUCUCGCACGAAGUUGGAUGGAAAUAUAAACACGUUAUCGAAGAUUACGCUAAGAGAAGAGUCAAGAGAGAAGAACUUAACGCCAAGAAAUUAUCCGUGAAAAGGAAACUGACCAGAAAAGCUAAGAAAGUCGCCAAGAAGGCAUUGGAACCUUAUAACGAAAUCAUUCGUCAAUACGGAUACCAUGCUUAAUGUUAUGACCUGUUUUUCUUUUUUUCAAAUAAACCACUGUAAAAAUGCUUCCA